AUGGCGACAAAUUCCGUCAAUCCAGUUCCUUUCUCUGAGCCACCUUAUCUACGUGGCCUACCCUCCCCAUACAUCACACCAGCGCAUCGUCGCUUCCAGGAAGCAUGCCGUAAGUUCGCAUGGGAACAUCUGAUCCAACAUGCACUCGAAUGGGAAAGGGAGGGGACUGUGCCCGAACAUGUUUUCCAGACCUUUUGCAAGCACAAUAUGUUAUUGCCCAAUAUGCCAUCUCCUCUUCCUGUGGAUUGGCUAAAGCGUCUUGGGAUCAAUGAUAUUCUGGGUGUCAAGGUUGAAGAUUGGGAUUAUAUUUACACUGGAAUAUACUGUGAUGAGCUUGCUCGAUCGGGUCUUGCUGGUCCCGGAGGUUCCUUGAAUGCUGGGUUUGCCUUUGGAAUCCCACCAAUUGUCAAGUUUGGGAGCAAAGAACUGCAAGAGCGUUUUCUGCCUGAUCUCCUCACCGGAAAGAAGCGCGCUUGUAUUGCUAUCACUGAGCCCGAGGCGGGUAGCGAUGUCGCCAACAUCGUCACUACUGCAACAAAGAGUGAUGAUGGCCAACACUACAUUAUCAAUGGAACCAAGAAAUGGAUUACGAACGGCAUCUGGUCCGACUACGCGACCAUGGCAGUACGAACCGGAGGUCCGGGUCCUACCGGUCUUUCAGUGCUAAUUGUGCCAUUGAAGAACCACCCAGGUGUCUCCAUGCGCCGUCUUAAGGUCGGAGGUCAAAAGGCCGGGGGAACUACAUACAUCGAACUCGACGAUGUCAAAGUCCCCGUCUCCAACCUUAUUGGCAAAGAAGGUGAAGGGAUGCGUCUUAUCAUGACUAACUUCAACCAUGAACGCCUGAUCAUCUCGGUAGGCUGUACCCGCCAGGCACGCGUAGCAUUAUCCGCUGCAUUCUCAUACUGCCUUAAGCGUGAAGCCUUUGGCAAGACACUCAUGGAUCAACCUGUUGUACGACAUCGGCUUGCGAAAGCUGGUGCCGAACUCGAGACUAUGUGGGCUUGGGUCGAACAGAUUCUCUAUCAGCUAAAUCAUCUUAGUAAGGAAGAAGCUGAUCGACAGCUUGGUGGACUGACGGCGUUGGCUAAGGCUAAAUCUGCUAUGGUGCUUAAUGAGUGUGCCCAGGUUGCUGUUUUACUGUUUGGUGGAAAUGGCUUCACUCAGACUGGGCAGGGUGAGCUUGUGGAAGCUAUCUACCGUGAUGUUCCUGGUGCCCGCAUUCCAGGUGGUUCGGAAGAUGUUCUGCUUGAUUUAUCUGUUCGCCAGGUGGUUAAAAUAUAUCAGGCUCAGGAAAAGAAGCUCGCUCAAAGCUCAAAGAUUUAG